AUGGCUACAAACGGGUCUGAGCACGGAGAGACGCCCCUGAAGCGACAUCUUCACGAAUAUGGUACUCGUCUCCGUACAGAUGGACCCUAUGCCGACAAUCUCGAUCUAGAUGUCUUGAUCGUAGGAGCCGGCUUUGGGGGCACAUACCUCCUGUACGAGAUGCGCAAGGCUGGAUUCAAGACGGUCCUCUACGAUGCCGGUACUAGCUUCGGAGGCACCUGGCGCUGGAAUGUGUAUCCAGGGGCCUGUGUCGACUCCGAAGUGCCCCUAUACGAGCUCUCCAUUCCUGAGGUUUGGAAGACGUGGACUUGGCCAACAAACUACCCCGACUACCAUGACCUACAAGCGUACUUUGAUCAUGUUGACAAAACACUUGACCUGAGCAAAGACUGUGCCUUUCGCACGGUGGUGACAUCGGCUGAGUUUGAUACCGAGGAAGGUAAAUGGGCAGUCAAGACUGCUGAUGGUCGCUCAUGCAAGGCAAAGUUCUUCAUUGUCGCCGCAGGCUUUGCCGCAAAGAGAUAUAUACCUGACUUCAAAGGCCUGGAGAACUUCAAGGGGGUUAUGCACCACUCCUCGUUCUGGCCUAAUGAGGGUGUCGAUGUAACAGACAAGCGAGUCGCCAUCAUCGGCACAGGCGCGUCCGGCGUACAGAUUGCUCAAGAAUGGGGCUCGUCCCAAGUGAAGCACAUGUCCGUCUUCCAACGAACACCCAACCUCGCCCUUCCCAUGGGCAAGCGCACCCUUUCCGCCGCCGAGCAAGACGCGUCCAAGCGAUUCUAUCCCGAAAUCUUCGCCUACCGCGAGCGCUGCUUCGCCGGCUUCCACUACGACUUCCUCGAGAAGAGCACGUUCGAGGUCAGCGACGAGGAGCGGGAGCGCCUCCACGAGCAAGUCUGGGAGCGCAAAGGGUUCCACUUCUGGCUCGCCAACUUCAAGGACCACCUGUUCGACCCGGCAGCCAAUCGGGCCUCGUACGAUUUCUGGGCCAAGAAGCAGCGCCCUCGCAUCACGGAUCCGGCGAAACGAGAUCUGCUUUGUCCGCUGGAUCCGCCGCAUCACUUUGGUGUCAAGCGGCCCUGUCUCGAGCAGAACUACUACGAAGUCCUGGACAAGGACAAUGUCGAGAUUGUGGAUAUUUCGGAGAAGAAUGGCGUUGGUAUUGCUGAGUUUACUGAGAAGGGGAUCAGGACGACGGAUGGUCGUGAGCAUGAGUUCGAUGUGGUUGCGCUUGCUACAGGCUUUGAUAUUGUCUCUGGCGGCUUGACUAGCAUGGGACUGAAGAGUAUCCAUGGAUCAACCCUCCAAGAAGAAUGGAAAGAAGGCGCCUACACCUACCUCGGAACCACCAUAAGCGGCUACCCAAACAUGUUCCACCUCUACAGUUCACACGGUCCGACGCUGAUCAGCAAUGGGCCCUCAAGCAUCGAGAUACAAGGCAGGUGGAUCAAAGACACAAUCGAGCUCAUCACGCGCGAAGGGGUGAAGUAUAUCGACGCGACCCAGGAGGCUAGCAAGAAGUGGAAGGACCAUAUCAACGAGCUCAGCAAUAUGACGCUGCUGCCCACGACGCGAUCAACGUACAUGGGCGGCUCAAUGCCGGGAAAGAAAUUUGAACAGGUCAAUUACGCUGGUGGUGUAGGGCGCUACCAUGAGGAGAUCAGGGCGGUGCUGCCCUCGCUGGUUGGGUUCACGACAGUGCGCUGA